CUGCAAAUGAAAGCGAACAUUCGGCACAAGAAGAUAGCCAUAGUUGCGUGUGGUCUGCCCGCCGGUAUCCUGUUCUCCGUCGCCGUUUGGUCCCUCUACGGUCUGACCAACAAGAAUACCGGUACAGGUACAGUGGGAAGUCGACCCAUUGUGAGAGAACGAGAGUGGACGGAUGAGGAUAGCAGCGAAUCGACGACUACGGAGGUUAUUACAGAGAAAAGUAAAUCCACUUACAGACGCCGGAACGGGACGGAAAGUGACACCAGCGAACUCUCUGCCACGGAAGCUCUUGCGGACACUCCUGCAGAAAGCAUAAACAAUCAAACCGCGGUCGGAAACGUCACGGCACUCCCCACGAAACGAAAGCGGCGUCUCCAUAACAAUAUGCUUACAGUUUUGACAUCGCCGUCGGUCAAUCAAAGGAACCAGCCCAAGUCUACUAAAGGUUUGCAAGCAAAAUCAAUGUCCAAACAUUCUACGGCACAUACCUUAAAUGACGUCACCUCUGCUGCGGUGCUGGCGGCGGUAGACAACGUGACACGUACUAAUAAACGUAGUGACCUGCCUGCAAGUUUGGAAGAUGGCUUCACUUCUCAGAAUGCAGGGAUCGUUUCGUUUCCUAGAGCAUUUCAUAACCCACAGACAAGGAUAAUGGUAACUCAUCAGGGAGGACACCCGAAAAAAGGAUAAUGAGC